CUUUAGAAGUUCAGAUACAGAAACCUCCAAACCCCGCAUCGCAUCGAACCCUUCGGCCUCCCCGCGAAUCCCCCUCCCCACCCGGCCCGAAUCCAACCGCCUGCUCAUCGCGAUCUUGCCCGCAAAAUUCUAGGCCGAUGAGGCCGAUCCGGCUUCCCGAGCCGCCGAGCGGCGGCAUGGAGACGCCGGAGAUCUUCGCCGGCGGCGGCGGCGGCGCCAACGUCGUCCGCCGCGCCGUCCUCAUCGACAACGGCUCCCCCGGCUCCAAGAACCAGUGCCUCGGCCUCGCCCGCGCCCUCGGUCUCGCUGACAACCUCACCCUCUACCGUGUCACUAGGCCGAGAGGAGGGAUCAACGAGUGGCUGCACUUUCUCCCCAUUUCCCUACACAAGUUUAUAGACGAAGUGCUCAGGCAGUUCUUUCGCAACACGAGGUUUGCGCCAGUGGUUCAGGGGAGGAAGCCGUUCCGUGUCCCAAAUGGCGGAUCAGUUGGGUUGUCUUCUGUUCUGGAAGCGGACGUCAAGAGGAUCGUGGUGGUGGCUCGCGAUACAUUCGAGAAGGAAGGCCCAACAUUAGUUGUCGCUUGUGGCCGGGAUACCAUAUCAUAUUCAAGCUUGAUAAGGAAAUUAGCUUCAGAUAACGUAUUUGUCAUUCAGAUACAGCACCCCAGGUCUCACCUUGAUAGGUUUGAUUUGGUGGUGACUCCUCGCCAUGAUUACUAUGCUUUAACCGCAAGUGGACAGCAAGAAGUUCCACGUCUGUUCCGGAGAUGGAUUACUCCACAAGAACCACCUGGGAGGAAUGUGGUACUUACUGUUGGGGCACUACACCAAGCUGAUUCUGCUGCGCUACGUCUUGCUGCUAUAGCCUGGCAUGAUGAACUUGCCCCUUUGCCUAAGCCAUUGCUAAUUGUCAACAUUGGAGGACCCACAAGGAACUGUAAAUAUGGAGUAGACCUCUCCAGACAACUCAUAACUUCUUUGUAUAAUGUGCUAGACAGCUGUGGGAGUGUCAGAAUUUCAUUCUCUAUGAGAACACCACAAAAGGUUUCUGAUAUUAUAUUUAAAGAAUUUGAUGGACAUCCUAAGAUCUAUAUUUGGGAUGGUGAAGAACCUAACCCUCACAUGGGGCAUCUCGCAUGGGCUGAUGCUUUUGUCAUAACAGCAGAUUCAAUUAGUAUGCUAAGUGAGGCGUGUAGCACUGGGAAACCUGUUUAUGUUAUUGGGACCGAGCAUUGCAAAUGGAAAUUUUCAGCUUUUCACAAGGCUCUACGGGAGCGAGGGGUUGUCCGCCCCUUCACUGGAUUGGAAGAUAUUUCAAAUAGCUGGAGCUACCCUCCCCUAAACGAUGCUAUUGAAGUAGCCACACGCGCUCGUGAAGUGAUUGCAGAACGAGGGUGGACAGUAGGAUGAUAAUGAUCAUAAGUAGGCCUGCAUUAUUCUGUGCUAGCUUCUCUCCUUAGUACAUGCUGUAAAUUAUACAGUUCUGUUAACAGUCACAUGGGUUCAGCUUAUAUAUCGUUCAGAGGAAGAAUAAUAUAGCCAUGGAAUGGCCUGUACAAAAGCUGACCUUUUAUUCCGGUGGUAUACCCCAAUUUUUGAGUGAGUGCACAGCUCCUAGGAAAAGUUUUUGUUUUGACCACCUGUUGCCUUUUGUACUUCUGAAGCUGCUGAAAAGAAGCCAGCAGAGUUGUAAAUAUGAAAAAUUGAAGCUGUCCAAUUGUCAGGACUCAGGAGGGAUGCGAUAUUUUUGAGUGUUGUAUGCUUACAACCUUAUCCACUUUUGUUAUUCAGUUUAUUAUGAAGCGUGCAUUGCUUGUUUUAGAA